UACUAUGUAAAUCGUUUGGACUGGGGCAUGGUGAUUGAGGCGACAGCAUUGUGCCAGCAACCAAAAGGUUGCAAGUUCAAAUCCUUGAGCUGACAAGGUAAGCUGACAAAGCUGCCCCCUGAACAAGGCAUUUAACUCACUGUUCCUAGGCCGUCAUUGAAAAUAAGGAUUUGUUCUUAACUGACUUGCCGAGUUAAAUAAAGGUCAAAUUAAAUGUCAGGCCUGCUGCUUGGCCAUCCACAGCCCGUAGCCAUGGAAACCACAUGAUUCAAUACGCCACGUAGCCUCUAGUGGGCUUUCUCAAGCUCUCCGCUGCUUAAGUUUUUAAUUCGUCUUUUUUGUUAACAUGGCUAAUUAUUUAGUUAGUUUAUGAGUUUGGAAUAUCGGUGCGUCGUAUUAGCGUGAUGCACCCCACAGCCAGCCCGAAGGUGAUCACACUAGCGGCUUCUCUCAGCACCGCCGGGGACUUGACGCAGUUGGGCCAAGGCCGCUAUGGACCGCUCUCCGUUCGUCAUUGUCCGGGGUUACAAAUACCAGGAGGAAGGCUGGCCGGAGUCAAGCCGAUUCAUGUCCAUACAUUAAGGAGAAAAUGCCCUCUGGGCGACUCCAGGGACCGAAAGGAUUCCACCUGGAAUGUAGAGGGGUCUACUUCCUCCUUCCUGGGCAGAGAGGCGUCUCCGUUGUCCCGGCUGGGCACCUCGGAUAAUAACUACCCAGAGAAAGACAUCUCUGAGAGACCCUUUCGGUUUGAUAAGACAUGGAAGAAUGACAGCAGGAUGUAUCCCAAGUGUGAUUUCCGAGAUGAGCGUCCCAUGAAGCCUAGCGGCUCCAUCCCUCCCCUGCCCAGAGACUACCAGAUCCACCGGUCGGGCCACCUCCACCACUAUACCCUCCACAAGGAGCUUUCCCAGGCCCCUGCUCGCCCCUGCGCCUUUGGCUCUUAUGAAGCGUAUGACCUGACGUCAGUUCCUGCCAUCCUGCUGCCUGCUGCAGCCUCGCUCAAUGGAAGAAACCCCUUCUCUACAGAAGGCUACAAGAACAGACCAAGAGUAAAUAACAGAACCUGCAGUCUUUUCACAAUAGGAGCUAAUCAGAAAUGCCUACCUGCUACCUGCAAUGUCCGACUGUCGAUAGCCCACUCAUCUCAAACACACGCAGCCCAGUCGUACCCAGACCCGGUAAGCGGAGCCCCGUCAGCCUCAAUCAUCCAGAGGCUGUCUGAGAUCGCUUCUCUGGAGGGAGAGACGGUCAGGCAGGAGAAGAUCAAGAAGAUUAAGAAGAACAGGAGACUGGACUCCUGACAAAACCUGUCUAUCAGCCAAUCAGAGAGCAGAGGUCACAGUUAAAGGCUGUGACCCCAUACGCAGUGCCAAUGCCGCCCGAACAAAUAAAACAUUUUAGGGAAAUAUAAACCUUUUUGUUGUUUUAAAUAUAAUCUAACUGUGUAAAAGCUUGUUGGUGCUAUGUAAUAGCAAAGUGUAAUUCAAUACUGUGACUUAUACUACUGUUCAAAAUUUGGGGUCACUUAAGACUUGUCCUUGUUUUUGAAAAUAUUUUUGAAUUUUUUUUUGUCCAUUAAAAUAACAUC